AUGGUCAAAAAAGCAUCAAUCUUUAAGAAAAAGAUUAAAUCGAUUUGGGAAAAAAUUAGAGUUUGUUCAAGUGAAAAAUUUAAGAAGUACAAGAAGUUAUCCACAAAAAAUAUUUCUCAAGAAUUAGAAGUUGUUGAUUCUGAGACUGUAAACAUAUUUAGUGAUGAUGAUUCAGAUUUAGUUGCAUUGAAGAUUAGCAUUUUGGGUGAUUGUCAAAUUGGGAAAACAAGUUUUGUGGCAAAGUAUGUGGGUGAUGAACAAGAAAAGAAGUGCUUGCAAAUGAAUGGAUUAAAUUUAAUGGAUAAAACAUUAGUCAUAAAAGGUGCAAGAAUUGCAUUUACAAUUUGGGAUGUUGGAGGUGAUCAUAGUUCAUAUGGUCAAAUUCCAAUUGCUUGUAAAGAUGCAGUUGCAAUUCUCUUCAUGUUUGAUCUUAAUUGUAGAAGAUCAUUGAACAAUGUUAAAUAUUGGUACAUUCAAGCAAGAAAAUGGAAUAAGAGUGCUAUUCCCAUACUAAUUGGGACCAAAUUUGAUGAUUUUGUUCAACUUCCUUUAGAUAUUCAAUGGACUGUUGUCUCUCAGGCAAGAACAUAUGCAAAGGCAAUGAAAGCAACUCUAUUUUUCUCAAGUGCAACUCAUAACAUCAAUGUGAAUAAGAUCUUCAAAUUCAUUAUGGCAAAGCUCUUUAACUUGCCUUGGACUGUCCAGAAAAAUCUCACCAUUGGUGAGCCCAUUAUUGACUUCUAG